AGAAUGAACGAAURAACAGAUAACAAAAUAAUAAUAAUAAGAAGAAGAAGAGUUGGUGAUGAAGCUUUUUGUUUCAUUUCAAGGGCGGGGUCGAUGUCGGGGUUUUCUCAUACUUCGAAAUGGUGUGGUAUCCGAAACUUAAGGGAUGGCUGCUGAAGGGAUCGAAGGGAGGGAAAAGGAAAUAGAGAGAGAGAGAGAGAGAGAGAGAGACAAAAAAAAUUGUAGAGUGGGGAUGGAAGGUUAAGGGCUGGCUAGGGGGCGCAACUCGCGCACCUACGCAGCUUGUACACGCAUACAAACACACACACACACGUUUGUCAACAUAAAUGUACACGCAACCAACCGCGCGCCAAUCAAUAUCCAACUAUAUAGGGUGUGUGCACAAGUUCACUCGCUGUGGGAAUUUAGGCGAGUCUUCGUACAAUCUUCCAUCCAGUAGGAACCCGACCAUCACCAACAAACAUACCACACCUCCUCGAAGCUUGGAAUCUUAAAACACGAUAAGGAUUAAAAUUCAAGACUAAGAAAGUAUUCUUAAAUCAAAGGAUGGAAGUUAAAGGGCUAGUUGCCCUGGUGACGGGGGCUGCUUCCGGUAUCGGCAGAACUUAUGCCAUCGAAUUGUUGAAUCAAGGAGCUAAGGUAUCGAUUUGUGAUAUCGAUAUUACGGAAGGUGAAAAAUUGGCUGAAGAAUUGACCAUGAAAUAUGGAAAAUCUCAGGUGAUAUUUUCCCCAUGCGAUGUCACGGAUUACCCACAAUUUGAAACUUCGUUUCAAACAACGAUCGCUGCUUUUGGACAAAUCGAUAUUGUCAUCAACAACGCAGGUAUAAUGAACGAUCGAUUUUGGGAGCUCGAAGUUGACAUCAAUCUCAAUGGCGUGAUACGUGGUACUCUCCUUGCCCAAAGAUUUAUGGGCACGGACAAAGGUGGACAAGGUGGUGUAGUCGUGAAUAUCGGAAGUAACGUUAGUAUCAACCCCUGUGUAAGCGUGCCCAUUUAUUCGGCAACAAAAGCAGCAAUCGUUAGUCUUACCAGAGCAUUUGGGGAUCAGUAUCACGUGGAUUUAACGGGUGUCAAAGUGAUGGCACUUUGUCCAAGUACAACUGACAGUAAUUCGGUGCCAGAUAUUGGUAAACAAUUACUUUCAUUACGAUACAAGGAAGCUUGGAGUCGAGAUACCAGUUCUAUUGUUCCGCAAAAAGCUGAACAUGUUGCCAAAGCGUUGAUUCAUAUUUUGAGUACCGGCAAAAGCGGCAGCGUUUGGAUGGUCGAAAAUGGUGAACCACCACGCGAAGUGAACUUUCCAAAAUAUUAAAUAAUUAACAAACCCCCUCCCCCAAAAAAAAAAAUAAUAAUAAUAAACAAAAGGAAAGAAAUGAGAAAAAGAUUAAAAAAAAAAGUCUCAACGCGUCAGUCAAACGCACGACACGUAAAAUUCUUCCUCGCUUAAUCACAAAAUAACUAAUAACUAUGCCAUAACUAUAAUUAUAAUUUUAUAUCAAUUUUUUAUAAUCUAAACUAUAAACUAUCUCGAAAGUCUCGAAUCAAGUUGACGAAAUCCAAGUUUUUGUAAUGAUCAUAAUUAUUAUUACGAUAUUAUUCGUAUAUUUACUAUUAUCAUCAUCAUCAUCAUCAUUAUAAUCAUCAUUAAUCUCAAUUAAUUCAUCGAGAAUUCGAGUUAGCGACAUUUUGUACGUUUUUACUCUCUCUUACAAAAUGAAUCCUGUAAUUUAGCACCGAUCUUGAUUAAAAUUAGCACGCUAGAAUCGCGUUGAUCGCUUGGUCGUUAACGGAUAAUAACGUCCGAUAAUUAUUUGCUUUAAAAAAAAAAAAAAAAA